AUGCUCUUCCCCGACUCGUCGGAUUCAGACAUCGACCUCCCACGCAAAACAAAACGCUUCGUGCCGCCAAAACUCGGCCCGCAGAAAAAACUGGCCCUGAGCCCGGAUGACCCCGAGUCGCCCGAGAUCUCCGAAGAUGAACUGCCGCCAAAACCGCACAAAAACACCUUGUCGGAGUCCAUUCUCGACUCAAACUCCGUGGGCUUCAAAAUAAUGCAGAAAAUGGGCUUUUCCAUGGACGGCCGCUUGGGUGCAAAACACAAUCCAAACGCGCUCCGCGAACCUCUUCCAAUUAAAAAGAGAAAGGUCAACUCCGGAAUCGUCCCCUCGAAAACAGUUCAAUUGCAAAAUGCAGAUUCCGCCCAUAGUGCAGCUUAUACCCAGAGCCGCAAAAGCGCCUUGGCCGUGCGCGAAUCCACGAGUAUGAUACGAAAGCUCCAGAAAUUCUGCUUUGAGUCGUCCGGCGACGAUUCCAGGCUCGUUGCUGGUGAGGAUAUCGACUUGAUCAACCCAUUGUGGCGGGAAUUUGCCCGGAAGGAAGUCGAUCCGGACCACGCACCAACACCCGUAGACGUAGAACAGCUUACCGACCUCCUACGAUAUGUCCGGGCGACGUAUUUCUACUGCCCGUAUUGCGGGAUCAAGUUUGAAGAUUUCGACGAUCUCUCACUGCAUUGCCCAGGCCCCUCAAAGGAAGACCAUCCAAUUUAA